AUGAGCGUCAACGAAGCCGUGCACAAGGUCGAAGACAAGGUCAAAAACCUUGUCUUGAACAACAAGAGCGAAGAACAGAAGAACGUCGAGAAAAGUGAGAAAAACAACACUCAAAAGAAGGCCAAGGGCAACAAUGGCAAGCAGUCAGCUCUAUAUUUGAACCCAGAACCCGAAUUUAUCGAGGAAAGAAACGCCAUGUUCGACAGGUUGCAACUAUCGUACGCGGAGAGCGUGGCCCAAAAGCCUCGCGCGGUGUUGAAAGUGGUGUUGAAAGAUGGGUCGGAAAAAGAAGCCACUGCGUGGGAGACGAGUCCCAUGGACAUUGCCAAGCAAAUUGCCAAGUCGUUCCCCGACAAGCAGUGCAUCUCGAAAGUCAAUGGGGAGCUGUGGGACCUAGACAGACCCUUGGAAGGUAGUGAGGGCGAAACCAUCAAGCUAGAGUUUUUCGACUUCGAGUCCGAAGAGGGCAAGCGGGUGUUCUGGCACUCGUCUGCGCACGUCCUGGGAGAGGCUUGUGAGUGCAACCUCGGAGCCCACAUCUGUCUGGGACCCCCAACGGACGACGGGUUCUUUUAUGAGUUUGCCAUCAAAAACGGCGCUGGCGUUCCUGCUGACACUCCAGAGAGGACUGUGUCACAAGCAGACUUCCCCAACUUGGAGAGUGUGGCCAAGAAUGUCAUCAAGGAAAAACAAAAGUUCGAAAGACUUGUUAUGUCCAAGGAGGAUCUGCUCAAGAUGUUCCAUUACUCCAAAUACAAGACGUAUCUAGUGCAGACCAAGAUCCCAGACGGUGGUGCGACCACUGUGUACCGUUGCGGUAAGUUGAUCGAUCUGUGUGUUGGUCCUCAUAUCCCCCACACGGGCCGUAUCAAGGCUUUCAAACUUUUAAAGAACUCCUCGUGUUACUUCUUGGGUGAAGCCACUAAUGACUCUUUGCAAAGAAUCUACGGUGUUUCUUUCCCCGACAAGAAAUUGAUGGAUGCUCACUUGAAGUUCUUGGCCGAGGCCUCCAUGCGCGAUCACAGAAAGAUCGGUAGGGAACAAGAACUGUUUUAUUUCAAUGAAAUGUCCCCGGGCUCUUGUUUCUGGCUACCUCAUGGCACUAGAAUCUACAACACGCUGGUUGAAAUGUUGAGAACUGAAUAUCGUAAGAGGGGUUACGACGAAGUCAUUACUCCUAACAUGUACAAUGCCAAACUAUGGCACACCUCGGGUCACUGGGCCAACUACAAAGAAAACAUGUUUACGUUUGAUGUGGAGAAGGAACAGUUUGGCUUGAAACCUAUGAACUGUCCUGGCCAUUGUAUUAUGUUCAAGUCCAGAGAGCGUUCCUAUAGAGAGUUACCAUGGAGAGUUGCAGACUUUGGUGUCAUUCACAGAAAUGAAUUCUCUGGUGCUUUGUCGGGUUUAACGCGUGUGAGAAGAUUCCAACAAGAUGACGCUCACAUUUUCUGCGCUCAGAGUCAGAUCGAACAAGAAAUCGAAAACAUUUUCGACUUUUUGAAAUAUGCUUACGGGGUUUUCGGCUUCGAGUUCAAGAUGGAGCUAUCCACUCGUCCCGAGAAGUACUUGGGUGAUUUAGAGACUUGGAACAAUGCCGAAGCCAAGUUGGAAGGCGCUUUGAGGAAAUGGGGUGGUAAAUGGGAAUUGAAUCCUGGUGACGGUGCUUUUUACGGUCCAAAGAUCGAUAUCAUGAUCUCGGACGCUCUUAGAAGAUGGUUUCAAUGUGCCACCAUCCAGCUGGAUUUCCAACUGCCAACCAGAUUCGAGUUAGAGUUCAAGUCGCAAGAAGGUGAUGGUUACGAAAGACCCGUUAUGAUCCACCGUGCUGUGUUGGGUUCUGUGGAAAGAAUGACGGCCAUUUUGACAGAGCAUUUCGCUGGGAAGUGGCCCUUCUGGUUGUCUCCUCGCCAAGUCCUUGUGGUGCCAGUUGGUGUGAAAUACCAGGACUAUGCCAAGGAAGUUCGUGACAUGUUGGUGGAACAAGAAUUUUACGCAGAUGUCGAUUUGAGUGGUAAUACUCUACAAAAGAAGGUGAGAAAUGGCCAAUUGUUGAAAUACAACUUUAUCUUCAUUGUCGGUGAGCAAGAGAUGUCCGAGAGAUCUGUGAAUAUUAGAAACAGGGAUGUGAUGGAGAUGCAAGGCAAGAACGCCACUAUUGACUUGGAAACGGUUUUCAAACAGUUGCAAGCGUUGAAGCGGACCAAGAGUUUAGAAAAUGUCUUGGGCGAUAAUUGA